GCGCGACGGCAGUUCGGCCACGUCCCUGGCCACGUCGCGCCCGCUCUCGCCAUCUUCGCCACUUCCUCUCAGGGGCCGCCGCUGCCGCUUGAGCUGCCGAGCCCCGGGGCUGCCGCGUCGUGCCGACCGCUGCCACCAUGAAUAUCUUCCGGCUGACUGGGGACCUGUCCCACCUGGCGGCCAUCGUCAUCCUGCUGCUGAAGAUCUGGAAGACGCGCUCCUGCGCCGGUAUUUCUGGAAAAAGCCAGCUUCUGUUUGCACUGGUCUUUACAACUCGUUACCUGGAUCUUUUUACUUCAUUUAUUUCAUUAUAUAAUACAUCUAUGAAGCUUAUCUAUAUUGCCUGCUCUUAUGCCACGGUGUAUCUGAUCUACAUGAAAUUUAAGGCAACCUAUGAUGGAAAUCAUGAUACCUUCCGAGUGGAGUUUCUGGUGGUCCCUGUGGGAGGACUCUCAUUUCUGGUCAAUCACGAUUUUUCUCCUUUAGAGAUUUUAUGGACCUUCUCUAUCUACCUUGAAUCAGUGGCCAUCCUUCCACAGCUCUUUAUGAUCAGCAAGACUGGGGAGGCUGAGACCAUCACUACUCACUACCUGUUCUUCCUGGGCCUCUACCGUGCUUUGUAUCUUGUCAAUUGGAUCUGGCGCUUCUAUUUCGAGGGCUUCUUUGACCUUAUUGCUGUAGUGGCUGGUGUAGUCCAGACCAUUCUAUACUGCGACUUCUUCUACUUGUACAUCACAAAAGUACUCAAGGGAAAGAAGCUCAGUUUGCCAGCGUAAGUGCCAAAGACCAUCAACAGCCUCUGUCCUUCAGGGUGCGUGGACAGAAUUCUUAACCACAGCAAAGGCAUGAGAUGCUUGAUGCGGAAAAUCAGAAACUUAACUCUUUUGUUGCAGACAGUCAUCAGUGGCUCUGUAAGAAAGCAGAGGAAAAGAACCAGAAGGUUUCUGUUUAAUGCAUCUUGCCUUAUCUUUUUUUAUUACUAUGUACAAAGAUUUUUUUACACAAAGAAACUUAAUGCUGUAUUAAUAAAUUCAGUGUGUAGUUUAAUUGGGAUAGUUCCAAAAGUGAUGAUUUUUUGUGAGGAAUAAGUGCAAACUUUUUUAUUUUUAAAAAUUCUUGGAAAUUGUUGAUUGUGUCUGCAAUGAAAUUGUACUCCUUGGCAGUUGGUAGAUUAUCUAUUCUAACAUCUAUCAAACUUGCAUUCCACUAUAUUUAUUUUUUGCCAAAAAGAUGAGUUAUUUUUGUUUGAAAUCUGAGACACUAUGUUGAAUUUUGUAUAUCUGUCCAAAUUUAUUUCUGCCAGCCGUGGAAAUCCUUCCAUGGACAUCACAACACUACAUUUAAGGUUAGUGAUGGUGACUUGCAAGUCUUUCAGAACCAAAUUUUAAAGUUCUGAAUGUAGAUGGGGUGUCAACUAAGAGUCGCCAAAGGUGCCUGCCCUCCUCCCCUAAGACUGUUAGUCUCAGUUUGGGACUAUCCCAAGAGAGCCGAAGAAUUGAUGGGCAGGGGCUCUGGACUGCUUGCCCUCCGAGUGUGUGAUGGGAGGGACUGUAAUGAUAUGAGGCUCUAUUCCUCUGAGGAACAGAACACAAUUUGUUAUCUCUCAGCAGUUCCCAAAAGAUUGCCACAACCAUGUCCUUGCUCAGAUUCAAAUGGUUUUUCCUAUCACUCUUGGGUGGUAAAGUGAUUUACAAUUUUUUUAAAUUGACAAUACCAAUUACCAUUCCUUAUUUUUUUUUAACUGAGCUCUUGCAUGACUUAUGUUAUCCCAAAUAAACAUUUUAUUAAAUACAGAAUAAAUUUGUCUUUUUCGUGAAUUAGGCUUUUGAACAUCCUGUAUUGGGAUGAUUUGUUUUUAAUUUGGCAGCAAACAUUUCACUUAACAAUCUUAAAUCUUUCUAUUUUCUGUGGAGAAACUAGAAUUUUUCUUUCUGAUUUUGCCAUUAUAUUGACUUUUUAUUGAUUUAUGCAAAAGUAUAUGACUUUGUUUUCAUAUGAUGCCCCAUCAGUAUGAAAGUGUUGAAUACUAACAGUGCUUACCACAAGGAGGAUGUAGUAUUUUGCUUCCUGCAUUAAAAUGUCUUGUGGAGGAAGGGAGCUGGAUGAGUUGUAUGUUCAUUUAGUGUGGGUUAUAAUGUCUUUCUAAAUUGGCAGUAUAAUUGCUUAGUUUAACCCUCAUUUUAUUUUCCCUUCUUGCUUCAUGUUUUUUGCUUUGUGUAGCAGUCUACCUGUCUUCCCAGCAUCCUAAUCUUGGUUUAGUGGCUGUGUUCUGUUUUCAUCCUCCUUGGGACAAUUCUGAGAGUAAGGAGGAAAGGUGGGACAUCGAGUGGCAGUAGGUCAAGCAGACUGCUUGCUGCCCAGACUUGGGGUGGGGUAGGGUGGGUGGGGCCAAUUCCUGUCUUUGCGCAUGCAAAUCAGAUAAGUUGGGAUGCACAGAACAAGCACCAAGCACAGGACAAGAUCUGGAACCUCAACAUGUCAAAGCCUCCUGAGAUCCUUAUUCCUAAGUAAAUAUCAAAUUGGCUAAGAUGUCACCCCAUUUUAUGGUGAAUCAGGAUGACAUUUUAUUAAGGAGGGUGCUUGAGCUGGAGUGCGGGACUGGGCCAAGUCCUCAUGUGUUGGAAACAAAGGCCUUUCCUUGUCUGACACGCCUUAUGAAGCACUGUUUUCUUUCACUUCUUGAAUAAAGAUUAUCAGGUAAUUAGUAUUUUUCA